UCUACAGAGCAAUUUUCUCCCCCGAUAGAAAUAUUAUUUCGUCUAAAUCGUUAUAUCACGCCUCUUGGACACAUUUCAGAAAUUUAUCAUUGUUUACUUGAGCAAGACGACACUAACAUGUCUUCUGACACCAACUCCAAAGACCCUACCAUCCUCCAGAAACUCGCCCGGAUAGCACAUGCCUGGAAGCGAGACUCGAGCAUGCUGCAACUGGUCACAACCUUCCUUACAAAACCCCCCUCGGUCCAAGUGGCAGACGCACGCCAGCACACGGUAUGGUUGUUCGACAACACGGCCUACCAGCCGGCCUCAGCCACGGUAUCGGGACAAGGAUCAUGGUGUGCAGAAGUCGUGGCUUGCGUUUUCCGGAAAGAUAGUCGGAAAGACAUCACAAAACUGGUCGCCAUGAUCGCAGAUCUCAUAGGACUGGAUGGGGAAAUAGGCACGGACAAGGAGACGCGCCACCGGAUAAUGGAACGGCUGCAGCCAUUCUUGUUUCAUACCGCAUCUGCCCACUUGAUGACAUUAGAGACCCCUCUCCCCAACAGUACCAUCCAGAUGCAGCAGAUCGGGCCCACCGAUGACAGUGGCAUUAGUAGUCAAACCAUCAGCGCACACAGCCAGCACAUCACGGACGGCACCAAGAUCCGGUCGUAUCUUCGGGGUUGGGGAAGUGAGGUGUUUAUGGAUACCAUCUUUGCGAGCCCACAGGGCUGGCUUGUCAUCUCCGACAUCGACGAUACAAUCAAGUAUACCAUGACCUCGGAGUCUACUGGCAUCCUGCGCACCACGUUUGUCGAAGACCCCAGGCCCAUUGCUGGAAUGCCUCAACUUUAUUCCCAUAUUCAGAAUCAGCUUGUGCCGGCGUGGUUCUACAUUUCUGCUUCCCCAUACAACUUGUACCCAUUUUUGCAUGGGUUCCUUGAGUCCUAUUUCAGUCCGGGUACGAUGAUCCUUCGCGAUCAUUCCUGGUUGGAUAUUAGCGAACUGGUGAAAUCCUUCACUGUCGAUACAGGCGAGUACAAGGUGGACCGCUGCGAGAAAAUCUAUAGCUGGUUUCCCCAGCGACAAGUGCUCUGUAUCGGAGACUCGACCCAGCAAGACCCCGAAGCUUAUGCCGAACUCUACAAGAGGCAUCCAGAUUGGAUCCAAGCUAUCUGGAUCCGAAAGGUCACCGAUGUCCCACAUCUGAAUGCACAGAAUUCACCGGAAAGGUUCAAAGCUGCCUUUGUGGGGGUCCCGGAGCAUCCGGCGAAACCUCAGUCGACGACGAUGGACGACCAGACGUUCGUACCACCAACUAUGAGAGCGAUCUACUUCAGCCCCGCGUCGACAGCCAUUAUGGACCUCACAGCCUUGGAUGAACCCAGGCUAGACUCCCAUGUCAAAUUUGAUUCUGAUUUCCAGACUCCUAUACCCUCAGGAAAGGAAUACCUCGUCAAAGUGCAGGCAGCGGCGUUCUCCCAUGACGAACUCCGGCUGUCUAAGAUCCUCCACCCAUCCAAAUCGAUUCCCCAGAUUCCUUUGCAUAGCUUUUGUGGUACAGUCAUCAGUACCCCCGAAACCGACCACUGGAAUCCGGACGGGCCCAAGUUCAAGGUCGACGAUUCCGUCUUUGGUCUGAUCAAGCAUACGCGCGACGGUGCAGCAGCCGACUAUGUUGCCGUAGCGGAAGAUGAGCUUGCAUACAAGCCCAAGAACAUCAGCGCGGCCGAAGCAGCCUCUAUCCCCUUGCCCGCUCUCACGGCUUGGGAGGCUUUGUUCACAUAUGCUGGAGUCGACCCCGGAAGCAUCCAAGAUCGCCGGCAGUUACGAGUUCUUAUUACCAACGCCCGCAACAACGAGGUUGGCACCCAAGCCCUACAGUUGCUUCGAUCCCAGUCACUAUUCCCGCACUGCCGUCCCUGGAUUUGCGUGACCUGCGACGCUGAAGAUCAGGAGGAGUGCCUGCGCAGUGAGUUUGGAGUAGAUGAGACGAUCUACGCGCCGCUUCCCCUACCCCAGGACUAUGAUCUCGGGUCCAUCUUCCGCAAGAACCACUGGGACCCUGUCGAUGUCGUCCUCGACUGCGCUGGCCAGCAGAUGUUCGAACAAGCCCACUCCCCAAAGGUGAUCAGGGAGCACGGGGCUGUCUUAACUGCCGUGGACUCGACGCCCGCGGAAGCGCGAGAUCCUCUCGGUCCAGAUCAACCGCGCGAGGAUGGCGUGCUUAGUCGGUUUGUUGUGGUGAAUCCCGAUGGCGAGGCCCUAGGUCGUGUCUCCAAGCUAGUCGAGGCGCACGAGAUUCAAGGACGAGUCGAGAGCAUCAAGGACCUAGUUGAAUGCACGGACGUACUCGCUUCGGGAGCGGCGGGAGCAGGUGGAGGACGACGGGGAGGCAUGAUGGUGGUUCGCGUGAAUUAG